AAAUAUAUAUAUUUUGAGGUUAGACAUUUUAAAAAUAUACAAGUUGUGAAGUUCAACUAGACUUAAAUAAGUAGAUAAUUAAAAUAGAUUUAUUAAAAUAAAAUGGAAAGCAAAAUAGAAGAUAAAGAUUUAUAUGAGUUGUUUGAUAUUCAAAUAACCGCUACUGAAUCGGAGAUAAAAAAAGCAUAUAGGAAAAAAGCUUUACAUUGUCAUCCCGAUAAAAAUCCAGAUAAUCCAAAUGCAGCCGCAUUAUUUCAUGAACUAUCGUUAGCUUUACAAAUUUUAACAGAUGCAAAAGCAAGACAAGCCUAUGAUAAAGUAUUAAAUGGUAAAAAAGCUGCACAAAUACGACAUAAAGAAUUAGAUAGUCGACGUAAGAAAUUAAAAGAGGAGCUAGAUGCACGCGAACGAUUAGCUGAAUUACGUGGUAAGAAGGAGGAUUUAAGAACAGACGCCGAAAAAUUACAGGCUGAAAUUGAUCGACUGCGUAAAGAAGGCGCAAAAAUUGUCCAACAAGAAAAUGAAUUAUUAAAACAAGAAAUGAGUAAAAAAUUUACAAGCACAGAACCAGUUCCAUGGGAUAGUGCCGAGUAUCGAAUUAAAAUUAAAUGGAAAGCGGAAAAAACGGACGAUACAAAUGGUGGCUACACUUAUGAAGAGUUACAUCGAUUUUUAUUAAAAUAUGGUGAUAUAAUUGGUUUGAUUGUUUCCACGAAGAAAAAGGGUAGCGCUAUGGUUGAAUAUGCAACACAAGAAGCCGCUGAAAUGGCAGUUAGUUAUGAAAAAGGUUUAGCUGGAAAUCCUUUAACACUGUCAUGGGUUAAAGGUCCACCGCCAAAACAUCGAGCAGCUACUACAUCUACAUUAGUGAAUGAUAACGAUUUUGAGUCAUUGGUUAUGCGUAAUUUACGACAAGCUGAAGAACGUAAACGACUUAUAGCUGAAAUACAAGCUGGUUUAAUUGAUGAUUAAAAAUCCAGUAUUUAGGAAAAUGAGGUCCGUAGGACCUGUCUAAUUUAUUUCUUGUUUAGUAUGUGCAGCGAAAAAUACCUUAAUAUUAAAAAAAAAUUAACCCAUCCGGGUUUUCAACUCGAUAAUUAGGACAAAAAUAGUAGUU